AUGCUUGCAAUUCACUCGCUUUUGUAACUCGAAUCUGCUUACUCGUGUCGCGUAGUGCUCGUCAAAUUAGAUUAACAAAAAAACGCGUUCGAAUUUAUUUACCAUACAUUUUAGAUUGAUUCGCGAUUUGUGCGCACCUGUUCUGAUCGUUGGUGAAGAGUGCAUUCGAUAUCUACCGGUAAAAGGAGUUUCUAAACGUACGACGGAAAAAUGUCCUCGCGGUUGAAUUUAGUUCGCGCGUUUCUCAGUCAGUCUGGUUCAUCCGGAGAUGCCGCGGAACGCACGAAGGCCCCAUCUUCCGGCGAAGCCCCCAGCGAAGGGGUCGACAGUGGUUUUCAAACGCGCACCCCGGAAAGCACCCCGACCACACAACGUAAAGGAAUUGGACGCGGCCAGUUGACCUCGGAUGCUGGCAGAGCCACCGGAACAUCUGGAGCGGAUUCAUCGGAAUCGGAUGACAAACAGUCCAGUAUUGGAUCUGCCAUGCCGUCCUUGAGCGGUCGCGGAAGGGCUCAGUUUAUUCAGGCCCUUAUCCGUCAACCGUUCGAACCGGCGCCAUCGGUUGUCUCCGACGAUUCGUCCUCCAUGGUGUCUGCAAGGGUGUCGCAAAUUGCCUGCGGCAGAGGAAGAUUCAUCCAGCAGCUGCUGAACACGGCUGCGGAUGCCGAGAGCAUCGAAACACAAUCGAACGGAAAACAUGACGAACUCUCCGAAGCGGUUUCACAGGUCACCAUCGCUGAAACGGUCGAAACGGUGGAAAAAGCACCGGUCAUCAAGACUGGAUCGAGCGGAACUCCUGUCCGACUGAUGACCAACUACAUUCGUUUGGCUUGUGAUCCGGACCGCGGAAUCUACGAAUACGAAGUACGGUUCCAUCCCUUGGUGGACUCGAAAGCAAUUAGAGCUCGUUACAUCGCACAACACAAGGAUGUCCUUGGCAAUGCUAAAACGUUCGACGGCGUUAAGCUGUUCCUGCCAAAGAAGCUUCCCCAAGCGGAACUCACCCUCCAAUCGAAGAACCCCGUCGACGGCCACGAAGUUACGAUCAAGAUCAUUUACAAGCGCAAACAGCGAAUGAGCGAGAACAUUCAAUUCUACAACAUUCUCUUCCAACGCAUUAUGAAAGUCCUGAAGAUGGUCGAGAUGGGUCGUAAGAACUUUGACCCCUCGGCCCCGAAACUGAUUCCGCAGCAUCGUCUGGAGAUCUGGCCGGGAUACGUUAGCGCUGUGGACGAAUAUGAGGGCGGCUUGAUGUUGAAUCUCGACGUGUCCCAUCGUGUGCUGCUCCAGACGACGGUUUUGGAUCACAUCCGAACGCUGGCAAGGGCCAAUCCCCAAGAUUACAAAAACAUGGCCACCAAAUCGCUGCUGGGAGCCGUUAUAUUGACCCGAUACAACAACAAAACGUACCGUAUCGACGACAUUCUGUUCGAUCAGAAUCCGACCAUGACUUUCGAAGCCAACGGGCAGCCAAUUUCGUACCUGCAGUAUUACAAACAGCAGUACAACAUCGACAUCCACGAUCUGAAGCAGCCGCUGCUGAUUAAUCGCAAGGAGCGUCGUGUAUCUGGCCAAGACAAACCGAUGGAAAUGAUCAUGUGCUUGAUCCCGGAGAUUUGCUACCUUACCGGAUUGACCGACGAGAUGCGAAGCGAUUUCAAGGUGAUGAGAGACAUCGCUGCCUUCACCCGGGUAUCGCCGAAUCAACGUUUAAACAGCAUGCGUCAAUUCUGUCGCAACGUGAACGAAAACAAGGAAGCCCGGGAAAUUCUGGAAGUCUGGGGCCUAACACUGGACAUGAAUGCUCUUAUGAUGGAGGGACGUUGCUUCAAAGAGGAACAGGUGAACUUCAGUGGGGUGAAUGUGGGUGUUGGAAAGAGUGGAGAUUUCAACCGGGCCGUCACCAGUAACAACGUUCUGCAAGCGGUCAACAUUCGCAACUGGCUCUUGGUGCACACGGCGAAGGACACCAGAAUUGCCAAAUCGUUUAUGGAUUGCGUUGAACGCAGCUGUCGUCCCAUGGGUAUUCAAAUUGGACCGCCAGCAAUUGAGGUUCUGCAGGCCGACAAAACCGAGCUGUACGUACAGCUGCUGCGUACGAAAAUUCGCCAGGAAACGCAAAUCGUUGUUAUAAUCUGCCCAACGUCAAGAGAUGACCGAUACGCUGCUAUCAAACGUAUUUGCUGUUCGGAAAUCCCAGUCCCAUCGCAGGUCAUCAACGCUCGCACUCUGAGUAACGAGGCCAAAAACCGAGCCAUUGUGCAGAAGAUCAUCCUCCAGAUGAACUGCAAACUGGGUGGAACGCUGUGGAGCAUUCGUAUCCCGUUCGACAACGUGAUGAUCGCCGGCAUCGAUACCUAUCACGAUCCGAAGCAGAAGAGCAACUCCGUUUCGGCAUUCGUAGCUUCGUUGAAUGGUGACUACACCAGAUGGUAUUCACGUGCUUGCAUUCAGAGCAAGAAGGAGGAGUUCAUCAACGGAUUGUGUGCAUCGAUGGAGAAGUCUUUGAAGGCUUACCAGAAGGCAAACUGUCAGCUGCCGAAGAAGAUUAUCAUUUUCAGAGAUGGCGUUGGAGACGGUCAGCUGCGAAUGUGCUCCGAGUACGAAAUUCCACAACUGCAGGAGUCGUGUAAGCUAGUGGAACCGGAUUACAAUCCGGAGAUAACAUUCAUUGUCGUCCAGAAGCGUAUCAACACCCGUAUGUUCCGUAUCGACGGUAACAACUUGGAAAACCCGAACCCUGGCACCGUUCUGGAUCACACCAUCACCCGACGCAACCACUUCGAUUACUUCCUGGUGCCGCAGUCGGUCCGGCAGGGCAGCGUCUCGCCCACUCACUACAUUGUGGUCCACAACCAGUCGAACCACUCGCCGGACAUCCUGCAACGGUUGAGCUACAAACUGUGCUAUCUGUACUACAACUGGCCCGGAAGUGUUCGAGUUCCUGCUUGCUGUCAGUACGCCCACAAAAUGGCCUAUCUCAUUGGACAGUCGGUGAAACGGAAUCCGGACGAGGCGCUGAACGACAAACUGUUCUACCUGUGAAUGGCGUCAUCGGUUUACCGCCAGCUGGGAGUUUUGUUUUAUCCAAAGGGACUGAGUUGUUUUCGAUUUAUGUUUUCUUCUCGAAAUGAGAUGUGUUUUAUCAAGUUUCUAUAGAGAGAGAGAUACCUAAAAUGAGUGCCUUGUUAAUCAGCGACAUGAUUUUCCCGCUGAGAUAACCUAUAAAAUGUUUUUGUUACAACAUAUUCGGUAACUAAAGACUGAAUUCCAUCUAUUUUUGAGUUACCUCAUCAAUGACGCGUUUUGAGUGAACUAGAAGAGAAAAAUCUAACGUCUUUGAGCUCCUCGCUCGCCCUGGUUUUCAAUUUCAGGCACUCGAUACAUUUUAAAACAUUUCAACACAUCUGAACACGCCAAAUACGUCGUUGGCUGUUUGUACCAGAGUCGUACAAAUUACAUUCUCCACAAUAUGUUAACUUCUAACGUUGGACUGAGCAAUGAUAACGUUCUACUAACCUACAUUUAUUAGAAUGAAAUAACAGUUAGUGCAUAAUCAAGGAA